GCGCUAUCAAAGUUGGCGGGAAAGCGGCGGGGCAGAAUGGCGGCAGCGGCGUCCACGGACUCGUCUUCCGGCGGCGGCCCUGGGGCCGUGAGGCUGCCGCGGUCGCCGCCGCUCAAGGUGCUGGCGGAGCAGCUGCGGCGCGACGCGGAGGGCGGCCCGGGAGCGUGGCGGCUGUCGCGGGCGGCGGCGGGGCGCGAACCGCUGGAGCUGGCGGCCGUGUGGAUGCAGGGCACGGUGGAGACGGCGGGCGGCGGUGAGGCGCGGCUGCGGGACCCGAGCGGGGCCUUCUCGGUGCGCGGCCUGGAACGGGUGCCGCGUGGGCGGCCUUGCCUCGUGCCAGGAAAGUAUGUGAUGGUGAUGGGAGUGGUUCAGGCCUGCAGCCCUGAGCCCUGCCUGCAGGCUGUGAAGAUGACAGACCUUUCCGAUAAUCCGCUCCACGAGAGCAUGUGGGAGCUGGAAGUGGAAGAUUUACACAGGAAUAUUCCUUAGAUGGUGUGGGAACCGUCCAUAAAAGCAGCCGAAACACUGAAACAGCUCCGGUUCUUAUACCAUCUGGAUUUCAUGGCCACCACUCAGUAUACAUUUCUCAAAAGCAUAUCUGAGAGCUUAGCUCCAAGAAGUCCGGAUGUAGGAUUUCUAAAUCCUGGGACACAUCAGUGAACUCAGCCCCUGCUGCCCCUUGCUUUGACUGUUUGCUGAUGAAAAGCAGAUGUUUCGUUUGGUUCUCUGUCUCUGUCUCUGUCUCUCUUUCUUUUUUUUUUUUUUUUUUUGCUUUACAUGGGUUAACGCUCUCUUCCUAAAGCACCCAGGAAUCUCCCGUCGCAUUUGCCAAGUUUUACAAGUGAUGAUGCUUUUUCCAUGACCACCACGACCCAGUUUUACGAGGCAAAAUUUGAAUCUCGGUCUCUGCCCACGGAGAUUAAAGUGUGGUUCUGGGCAGGAAAACAGGCUGCAUGGAAAAGGAAUGACCUCAUGGCUCCAUGGCUCCCCCGUCAACAACUUCCAUGUCCAGUUUGCAAGUCCAGCGGGGUGUUCUCUAGCUGCAGGCCCUGGGGCCUCUCAAAGACGCAGCCCUCUUCCUGCUUCGGAUGCCGCUCAGCCCUGGGGGGAAGGUCCCUUCCCCGCAGGUGGGGACCGUGAAGCCUGCCCUUCUUCCUUCACUUGGGAUGUUGAAACCCUUCCAGAGUUUCUUGUUGAAACCAAAGUCAAGGUUAAGAAGGACUUCCAGGCACGAAUGAAACUUUUGGUGAGACUCUGGGAGGGAGACACGGUCCUGGGUCAGCAUCUGCGCCGGGUUUUGUUGUGAUUGCAUUGAGUGCUGGCUUGCUGCUCUCGGCUGCUUCCCCAACAUCCAUUUUCCCUCGCGCUGUAAAUGCCGGGCAGCCCUCGUUGCUGUAGAGUUUUGCUGGGCUAUUGAUUUCUACCACUAAUACAUUGUUUUCUAGGCUGUAUGUUUUUCAAAUAGGUUUGUAAGCCAGCUGACAUCUCUAGAUAAAAAGAGCAGAAGGUACGGGAGUUCCCACAGAGGCCUCCCUCAGUUUCCGCUGCUGUUAACAUCAUGCCGGGGUGCGCUCCGUUUGUUGAAAUGGAUGAGCCGGCACCGAUACAGUCUUAUUAAGUAAAGCCCACUAUUUACGGUACGGCCAGGCUUUGUGCUGUGUGCAGUUCAGUGCGUGUUACAAAGGCCCCAAUCAUAUCAUGUGUUCACCAUUAAAAUAUACAGAAUACUUUUGUUUCCCUAGAAAUCCUCUGAGCUCCCCCAGUUCGUCCUGCCCUCCCCCUAACCCCAGGCCACCACUGAUCUUUGUGCGUCUCCAUAGUUUCACUUUUCCAGAAUGUCGUGUGGUUGGAAUCCCACGUACGGAGCCUUUUCAGAGCGGCUUCUUCUGCUCAGCAACGUGCAGUGAAGGUUUGUCCCUGUAGUUCUGUAGCCUGAGCGCUCGUUUCUCUUUCUCCUGACUCAUCCUCCUCCGCUGUGUGGAUGCACCAGAGUCUCUUUACCAAUUCACUUAUUGAAGGACACGGGUUCGAUUCCCGGUUUCAGCAUUUCCUCAUUAAUAGCAAGGCUGCUGCAAACAUUCCUGGGCGGGUUUUGUGUGGACGCACAGUUACUGCAUAAACGCCCAGGAGCACAAUUGGUGGUUGUCUGGUCAGCCUGUGUCUGGCCUCAUAAGAACCUGCCAGACUGUGUCUCAGCCCAUUCUGACGGCUGUCACUCACACCACAGGUUGCUGCUGAAACGCAUCAGGAAUCUUCACACUUCUGGGGGGCUGGGAAGCCCAAGGUCAAGGUGCUGCUCCCUCCUUCACAGACGCCUGUCCUCUCUCUGUCUGCACCCAGCGGGAGGGGCAAGACUGCGCCCCAGGGUCUCCUGUAAGGGCCCUGAUCCCCGUCACCCCCCAAAGGCCCCACCUCCACAUCCCAUCCAUCACACCGGGUUAGGGUUCAACGUGGGAAUUUGGGGGGGGGACACAUUUCAGGCUGUAGCACUUUGGGGUCACAGUCUGUAGCACUUGGGGGACACACAGUCUCACACUUGGGGGGACACUAGCACUUUGGGGUCACAGUCUAGCAUUUUGGAGACACAGUCUAGCACUUGCGGGGAGACACACAGUCUGCAGCAUUGUCCUCUAGAGCGGCUGAACCCCUUCGCCUUCCCAGCAGCCAUGGACGGAGCUCCUGUUCUACGGCCUCACCAGUGUUUGGUGUUGUCAGUGUUUUGGAUGUACUGUAUUUUUAAAUGCUAGCAUUUUCUUUUAAAAGUGGGGAAAUUGGAAAGUGUGCACUGUCUUUAUUACUGAUCUGGGUUUGUUGACUGCUUGAAGCUUGCUUUGAGCCGAUUUGUGCUCAGAGAUUGGGGGUUUUCGGGCAGUGUUGCUGAGCCUCAUCCGGAGCUCUGCACCAUGAAGACCUGAAUACGAGCCCUCAUUUGUUGUUAAACUUGCUGUGUGACUGUGAGCAAGUUAACUACCUUCUCUGUGCUUUACUUUCCUCAUCUAUAAAAUGCAGAUUGUACUGAGCUCACAGCACUGGUGUGAUGAAUAAAUGAAGAUGGUAUAAAUUGCUUUUACA